UCAAUACUCAAGAAAGUCUGAACGCUCUACAGCUCCGGCAUUUCGAACAAUUUCUGUAUAUCGAAUUUGUAAAUGAGUUUCUCCUAAAUUUGAGCAGCAAAUACUUUUUGUCUUCAAGUUUAGCCCCCUGGAUUCCAUAACUCCAUAUUCUUCUCUCUAGCUUUUCCCACACUUUGCUUACCUCACCCGCUUUCUCUCUCCUCCAUUUGUACGCGUUUUACUUAGCGUGCUUCUCUAAUGGCGGACAUCAUCUAAUUAUUGCAGUUUGAUUUGGCUUAUAUGAAGUUGAUUUUUGGUGGUUAUGGAGUUUAUUGAAGGAGUUGGUGAGAGUUCUUCUCCACCUAGGAGCUUUGGAGGUGGUAUUGGAGGUGCUGCUUUGUAUGAUAUACGUAAUGUUGUUUAUAAUCGCUUGAUUGAAAUUGGAAAUGACGAAGCUGUUUCGAAUCCUGACUUUCGUGAGAUCUUGGAUUCUCACUUUAACAGAUUGCCUCCAAGCUACGGUUUGGAUGUUAAUUUAGAUAGAGUGGAAGACGUAUUGUUACAUCGAAAGCUUCUAUCAUUAGCAAAGGAUCCAGAAAAACGGCCUGUUUUCCAUGUUCGUUUUAUGGAGAACCUCAAAACAGAUGGUGGAGAAGUAGACUUGGUUGAAUGCUCUUCAUCUGUUUCAAGGCCACGUUCAGAUUUCAAUCACAUAGUGCAUGUGCAAAACAAGGAGGAAGAGAGGGGAUUUGAACCUUGUUCGAAGCUAGAAGACCUUAAUUUGGAUGUUAGACACGACUCUGAUUCCAUGGAAAAGAGGCAAGAAAUUUGUCCUACUCCUCUACAUGAAGUGAUAUUUUCUACACCGGAUAAACCCAAGCUUCUUAGUCAGCUGUCUGCUUUGCUAUCCGAUCUAGGGCUUAACAUUCGUGAGGCACAUGUAUUCUCAACUACUGAUGGCUACUCCUUGGAUGUGUUUGUGGUUGAUGGAUGGGCUAUUGAGGAUGCUGAUAGCUUGCGCAAAGCUAUGGAAGAAGCGGUAGAUAAGAGUGAGGGUUCAUGGUCUGGCUCUUCGCAUUCAAAAUUUUCAGUAAAGAAAGCUCUUGCUGCUCAAGGUGAACCUGGCAAUUGGGAAAUAGAUAGAAGAUUGUUGAAAAUAGGAGAUAAAGUUGCAUCUGGAUCUUGUGGCGAUCUGUAUCAAGGAUUCUACCUUGGUCAGGAUGUGGCUAUCAAGAUUCUCAGAUCUGAGCAUCUAAAUGAAGCUUCCGAGGAUGAGUUUGCUCAAGAAGUGGCAAUAUUAAGGGAAGUGCAACAUGAAAAUGUUGUUCAUUUCAUUGGCGCCUGUACAAAAUCUCCUGAUUUAUGUAUCGUAACAGAGUACAUGCCUGGUGGGAGUCUUUAUAAGUAUCUGCACAAAAAUAAAAGAGAUUUGAAGCUUCCUGAACUUUUGAAAUUUGCAAUAGAUGUCUCAAAAGGGAUGGAAUACUUGCACUGCAACGGUAUAAUUCAUAGGGAUCUGAAAUCAGCAAAUUUGCUCAUGGAUACUCUUCAAGUUGUUAAAGUGGCAGACUUUGGUGUUGCUCGGUUUCUACACCAGGAUGGAGUUAUGACAGCUGAAACUGGAACUUACAGAUGGAUGGCACCUGAGGUUAUAAAUCAUCAACCGUAUGACCAGAAAGCAGAUGUAUUUAGUUUUGCUAUUGUACUAUGGGAGCUUAUGACCGCAAAGAUUCCAUAUGAGAACAUGACUCCUCUUCAAGCCGCAUUAGGUGUAAGACAGGGACUUCGGCCGGAUAUUCCGCAAGACAUACACCCUAGGUUAUGUGAUUUGAUGAAAAGAUGUUGGGAUGCGUCUCCCGACAAUCGACCACCUUUUUCCGUCAUAAGAACCGAGCUUGAAGAUAUCCUUGAUAAUGAUCAGGAAACUACAGCAACAACAAUUUCUCUCAACGAUGCAUUGUGAUAUAGAUUAUAGACACGGCAAAAUUGGUAAACAACAUGAGAGGUUUAUUUUUUUCGUUCCUUUUGUGUUUGUUUUCUGGAGGGAUUGAGAGUUGAGAAACAAAACAAGUACUAAAAAAUAGAUACAUUUUUACACGGCAGGGAAGAAAAUAUUUUAAUUUUUCUUGUAAAAAUUACGAAGGCACACGAGUUUAAUACAAGUAUUACAUCUUUUACAAAAGGAAUUAAAAAACUGUAAACAAAAAACUAUUUUAUAAUUUCUCCUCCUAUUUCAUCCUUUUUUCAAAGGCUUUCCCUUUCCCCUAUAUGUGGUACUUCUGAAUAAGCAGCUAUUCUUGAGAACUACCCGAAAAAGACACUCCUAGUCAACAAAAUUGUUAUGGUGGGUAAAUUUGAAUUUUCGAUUAAUUAGGAUUUGUUGCGAAGAUUGUUAUGUUGAUUGAUUGCAUAUACUAUAUUUAUAAUUUUCAACUAUAACUAAUUAAGUUGCAUAACUUAGGAAUUGUUAAUUAAGUUAGUUGAUUAUUUGUAUUUUCAAUAUUUGGAUAUCUGGAUUUUCAAAUCCGAAUUAAUUCAAUAUUUGAUUUUGAAUAUCCUUAUCAUUUUAGAGUAAAGCGUAAAAAACAACUCUUUUAUAAGGCCUUUUUUUAUUGAAACAAAUUCAUAUAAUGAUCUCAAAUUUUAAAUUAUGAGUGUUUUAACGCACAAAUUGUUAAGUUGACAUUCAAAAUGACUUGCUAAACAUUCAGUAAUUAAUAAUUAAUAUUUUAAGUACAAAAAUAAAUGCUUUAAUCAAUAUAUUUGGGCUAUUUAAUCCAACUUAAAAAAUAUAACUUGUAAUGAAAUGGUCUAAAAUGAGAACUUGUGAGGCGUGAAUUAACUCUAGCUUUUUGAAGUCAUCUGGCCCCUUUAUGAACAAAUGAAACCUCCCAGGAAAAUCGCUUUAAUUUUUCUUUCUAAUUUAUCUUACUAAAUUUACCUUAUUUUUGUUUUUAUCAGGAUUCAUAAUUUUACUUUUCUUUUUAGUUUGUCAUUAAAUUUACCCUAUUUUUUUAGACAUGAAUCAUAAUUUUUUAUUUUUAUCUACAUAAUUAACUUAUUUUUCAUCUCAUUUACAUAUUUUUUCUUUUUUACUUUUUUAUAAAAUAUCACGGUCAAAAUU